AUGUUUAUAUUGGCUUUAUUUUUAUUUAUUCAUUCAAUAUCUGGUUUGUCUUAUUUUGUACAACUGAAUGAUGUUGAUCUUAAUUGUCGUAAAGAAAACCCAAAAUUAACCUCAUUUCCUAUUGAAAUUUUAUCAUUUAAUAUUUGGAAUAAUCAAUUAUCUAUUCCUGGUGCACUUGAUUUUUUAAUGUCAUUUAAUGUGACAAAAAAACUUUCGAAUGAUAUAGAAUUUUCAACAAAAAUUCAACGAAAAUUAGGUACUAGUUGGAUUCAUCUUCCAUGUUUAUCUGGUAUUAGUACUUGUGACAAACAAUCAUUCUGUGGUCUUAUUCAAAAAGCAUGUAAAACCAAGAGUUUUAUUCGAUCGAAUAAUAAAGAUAAUAAAAAUUCAUGUUCCUGUGAUCUUGAUAUUGGCACAUACACUAUUGAACAUAUUUAUAUUAAUAUAAAACAUAAAAAAAGUGCUAAACUUGCUCAAUCACUUACACCUGGACAGUACCGUUUUCAAUUAGUGUUUGUAAAAAGUAAAACAGAUACAAUGGUUGGCUGCGUGAUUGCUUAUUUUACAUUACUCAAAUCACACAAGUUUGCUUGA